UUUAACUAAUUUAAACUUAACAAUCCCUAACUACAUUUAGUAACUCUCUUGCAUUAUUAAACUAACCAAUGAACUAGGUUUAUAUUUUCCGGCAAAAGCAAAUCAUGUAUCAUCCGUCCUCCUCCAAAUCCACCGCUCCAGACGACGGCGACGCCGUAAACAAUCCAUAUGAUGAAACUACAGGUGGUUUCUCCUCCCUCGGCUCUCAAACUCACCAUAAUCUUCCACCGCCGCCGCCGCAGCAGCACAAUCCCAACGUCGUCGGGUUCGGUCAUUACUUCUCAGGCGAACCAUCUACCAUCGGACAUUCCGGCGCUUCUUCUUCUUCUUUGUUCCGACACAGAAGCUCUCCGGCUGGAUUCUAUGACCAACUUCUUCCCACUGAUCCCAACGAUUUUUCUCUAGGGCGGCCAAACGGAGGAUACGGCGGAGGAAGAGGAAGAGAAGACGGAGGGACAUCUACGUUGAAGUCGGAGCUGAGAUUCUCCGGCGGAAGUAGUAGUAACUAUCAAGAACAUAACACUCUACCUAGAAUCUCGGAGGUACAAGCGGCUGGGGCGGCUAUAAACGGUGUCGCAUCAACGAGUAUGAGUUUUGGAAAUGAUAAUAACAAUUGGAACAGGCCGUCUUCUCAUAUCAGUUUCACCAUUGAUGAACCUGGAAAACGGUCCAAGACCACCGACUUUUUCACCUUAGAAACUCAGUUUAGCAUGCCACAAACGUCUCUGGAAAUGGCGAGAAUGGAGAGUUUGAUGAACAUCCCAGAGGGUUCGGUGCCCUGUAGAGUAAGGGCCAAACGUGGAUGUGCGACUCACCCGCGUAGUAUAGCUGAAAGGGAUAGAAGAACGAGAAUAAGCGGGAAGCUGAAGAAGCUACAAGAACUGGUGCCUAAUAUAGACAAUCAAACAAGCUAUGCAGAAAUGUUGGAUUUGGCUGCUGAGCAUAUCAAAGGUCUUCAACACGAAGUAGAGUCACUAGAAAAGGGGAUGGAGAGAUGCACUUGUGGGGCGUGCAAGAAGCGAUGAUGAAAAAUGAUAUGUUUCUAAAGAUGAUCCAAGAAAGUAUAGAAGAAAAAGAGACGAAGGAAAUAAUUCAAAGAGAAAGAACAUAAUUUUUUUUUUGAUUAUAUAACUUAAGCAUACUCAUUAUAUAUUCAUAACCGGUUGCAACUUGAGUGCUUAUCUCCCUCAAAUCUCGAUAUUUUAUUUUAUAAGCCAA